AUCAUUCAUCUUAGUACGACCACACACACACAGACUCUCUCUCCUCUUUUCUCUCUCUACAAUUAUCUCCAUUUUCCGUCUGCCCAUUCAGGUGUUCGUCGCUCUCACCGGCCAAUCCUCGAACUUAAAUAAAACCCUCAAAUUGAUCAAGGCUCUAUUUCAUCAUAUCACAUUUUGUAGGAGUUUUCUACUAGUAGACAUUUUAGGGAAAAUCUGCUAGACUCUCUUUAAGUCUUAUUUAUCAUUAUUAUACUGUUCGUUUAUGUAGAAGUAAAACAUGGGCUGUUUUCAGUCCAAAACUCUUCAUAUCCCCUCUCCCGACCAAGAACCUGCUCCCUUAGACGCGGAACCGGAUCAAGCGAAAGGAGAGCAACCGGAUCAAGAUCAAGUGGCUGCUUUUAAGGAGUUUGAGCUUGCUGAGCUUCGAGCUGCUACAAAUGGGUUUAGUAGUGAGUUGAUAGUGUCUGAGAGUGGAGAGAAAGCUCCUAAUGUUGUUUACAGGGGAAAGCUUAAGAGCAAUAGAUUCGUGGCGAUUAAGCGUUUUUCCAAACAGUCAUGGCCUGAUCCUCAACAAUUUGUGGUAGAAGCUGGGGGAGUUGGAAAAGUUAGGCAUAAGAGGUUGGUUAAUUUAAUUGGCUGCUGUGCUGAAGGAGAUGAACGACUUUUGGUUGCUGAAUACAUGCCCCAUGAUACACUUUCAAAGCAUUUGUUUCACUGGGACAAACAACCUCUUCCAUGGGAAAUGCGUGUGAGGGUUGCUCACUAUAUUGCACAAGCUCUUGAUCAUUGCAAUGCUGAGAAUAGAAAAAUCUAUCAUGAUUUAAAUGCUUACAGAGUUCUUUUUGAUGAGGAUGGUGACCCUCGAUUGUCUAGCUUUGGUCUCAUGAAAAAUAGCAGAGAUGGGAAAAGUUAUAGCACCAAUCUGGCCUAUACUCCUCCUGAGUUCUUGCGUACAGGUCGAGUCAUUCCAGAGAGUGUAGUCUACAGUUAUGGAACUGUGUUGCUGGAUCUUUUGAGUGGAAAGCAUAUCCCACCAAGCCAUGCAUUGGAUUUAAUAAGGGGUAAAAAUGUAUUAUUGCUGAUGGACUCAUCCUUAGAAGGACAUUACAUUGACGAGGAUGCAACUGCUUUAGUUGAACUAGCUUCAAAAUGCCUCCAAUACGAGGGAAGAGAUCGACCAGACAUGAAGUAUUUGCUUAAAGUUGUAGCACCUCUUCAAAAGCAGAAAGAGGUUGCAUCCCAUACUUUGAUGGGUCUAACAAAAUCUCCAGUUGUGUUGCCAACUAUGCUCUCUCCUCUUGGCAAGGCUUGUGCAAGGAUGGAUCUUACUGCGGUACAUGAUAUUUUGCUUAAAACUGGUUACAAGGAUGAAGAAGGUGCUGAAAAUGAGUUAUCGUUCCAAGAGUGGACGCAACAGGUGCAAGACAUGAUAAAUACAAAGAAAUUUGGUGACAUUGCAUUCAGGGAUAAGGAUUUCAAUGGUUCGGUUGAUCACUACUCAAAGUUGGUAUCGAUGAUGCCUGUUCCGUCUGGGACUGUGUUUGUGAGGCGAGCACUCUCAUACUUGAUGAGUGAUCAAGCCGAAUUGGCCUUAAGAGAUGCAAUGCAAGCUCAGGUGUGCUUGCCCGAGUGGCCCACAGCCUUCUAUAUGCAAGCUCUUGCUUUGUCAAAGCUGGGAAUGGAAACAGAUGCUCAAGACAUGCUCAAUGAUGGUGCUUCUUUUGAGUCAAAGAGACAGAACAAUGGUUGGCGCAAUUAAACACGACUUUCUGGAUUGAACUUUAAUAUUAUAUUCUCUUAGGAAGAAGAUAUUUAUGUGUUGUUUGUGGGGAGCACAUUUAAAUUGGGUUUUUCUUGAGAUAAGUACCCAUACAAGUAAAAUGCAUAAUAGCACUUGUAAUAGUGUAAAACACUACUUUUAUUGUUAUUAUCUUCAUUAUUAGAAGUACAUAUAUGACUUAGCUUUCAAGUU